AUGUCUCAGUCUGAGCUCCGAUUUGACAACCAGACCGUUGUCGUAACGGGUGCUGGUGGCGGAUUGGGCAAGGCAUAUGCUACUUUCUUUGCCUCGCGAGGUGCCAAUGUCGUUGUGAACGACUUGGGCGGAUCUCACUCCGGUGACGGAAAGUCCUCCAGGGCUGCAGAUGCGGUCGUUGAGGAGAUCCGAGCUGCUGGAGGCAAAGCUGUCGCCAACUACGACAGCGUCGAGAAUGGCGAGGCUAUUAUCGCCACGGCUAUUAAGAAUUUUGGUCGCAUAGACAUCCUUCUCAACAAUGCCGGUAUCCUUCGGGAUAUCAGCUUCAAAAACAUGAAGGACCAGGACUGGGAUCUGAUUAACACCGUUCAUACGUAUGGUGCAUACAAGUGUGCAAGGGCUGCAUGGCCUCACUUCCGGAAACAAAAGUAUGGUCGGAUCAUCAACACUGCCUCUGCAGCUGGUCUCUUUGGUAGCUUCGGCCAGGCCAACUACUCCGAAGCUGCCAAACUUGGCCAGGUCGGAUUCACCGAGACUCUCGCUAAGGAGGGCGCCAAGUACAACAUCAUUGCCAACGUCAUCGCCCCUAUUGCUGCGAGCCGUAUGACGGCCACAGUGAUGCCUCCGGAUGUCUUGGAAAACCUUAAGCCCGACUGGGUUGUGCCCUUGGUGGCUGCUUUGGUCCAUUCCUCCAACACAACCGAGUCCGGUGGAAUCUACGAGGUCGGUGGUGGCCAUGUGGCCAAGCUCCGCUGGGAACGAGCCAAGGGCGCACUGCUGAAGACCGAUGCUUCGUUGACUCCUGGUGCUAUCGCCAGGAAGUGGAAUGAUGUCAAUGACUUCUCGAAGCCCAGCUAUCCCACCGGCCCCGCCGACUUCAUGACCCUCUUGGAGGAGGGGCUGAAGCUACCCAGCGCACAGCCGGGACAGGAGCCCAAUUUCAAGGGCAAGGUUGCUCUCGUCACUGGUGGUGGCAAUGGGCUUGGCCGCGCAUACUGCCUCCUGUUCGCUAAGUAUGGCGCGGCUGUGGUGGUGAACGAUCUCGUUGACCCCGAGCCCGUCGUCAAGGAAAUUAAGCAGAUGGGUGGACAGGCUGUUGGCAAUAAGGCUUCGUGUGAGGAUGGUGAUGCUGUUGUCAAGUCUGCUAUCGAUGCCUUCGGACGCAUUGACAUCCUGGUCAACAACGCUGGUAUUCUACGUGACAAGGCUUUCACCAACAUGAGCGAUGACCUGUGGAACCCAGUCAUCAACGUCCACCUGCGUGGUACCUACAAGGUGACGAAGGCUGCUUGGCCCUAUAUGCUCAAGCAGAAGUAUGGCCGCAUUGUCAACACUGCUAGCACCAGUGGAAUUUAUGGCAACUUUGGACAAGCCAACUACGCUGCGGCAAAACUCGGUAUCCUUGGUUUCUCCCGUACUCUCGCACUUGAGGGUGCCAAAUAUAACAUCAAGGUCAACACGAUCGCCCCCAACGCGGGUACUAACAUGACCCGUACCAUUAUGCCCGAGGAGAUGGUGCAGGCCUUCAAGCCUGAUUAUGUGGCCCCUAUCGUGGCGCUUCUCUGCUCCGAUCUGCUGCCAGAGCCCGGCACCAAGGGUCUGUACGAGUGCGGCAGCGGCUGGUUCUCGUGCACUCGCUGGCAGCGUACCGGUGGUCACGGAUUCCCCGUGGACGUGAAACUGACUCCCGAGGAGGUUGUCAAGCACUGGAAGGAGAUCUCUAGCUUCGACGAUGGACGUGCUGAUCACCCUGAAGAUGGCCAGGCUGGUACCGAGAAGAUCAUGGCCAACAUGAGCAACCGCAGGGGUGAUGCGUCGGAGGGCGGAAAUGAUAUCCUGAAGGGCAUCGAGAAAGCGAAGCAGGCCUCCAGCGAUGGAUCUGCUUUCGACUAUGUCGACCGCGACGUCAUUCUUUACAACCUGAGCCUGGGAGCCAAGCGCACCGACCUCCCAUUGGUGUACGAGAACAACGAGAACUUCCAGGCUCUCCCCUCCUGGGGUGUGAUUCCGUGGUUCAACACUACUACCCCCUGGAACUUCGAUGACAUUGUGGCCAACUUCUCUCCCAUGAUGCUGUUGCACGGCGAGCAGUACCUGGAGAACCGCAAAUUCCCCAUCCCUACCGCGGCCAAAACAGUGACCUACCCAAAGCUUAUUGACGUAAUCGACAAGGGCAAUGCGGCUGUGGUUGUCACUGGCUUCACGACGAAGGAUGCGAACACUGGCGAGGAUUUGUUCUACAACGAGUCCACCGUAUUCAUCCGUGGAAGCGGUGGCUUUGGCGGAUCGCCCAAGCCUACUGUCGCUCGUCCCAAGGCGGCCGUUGCGGCCUACAAGCCCCCUCAGCGCAAGCCGGAUGCCGUGGUUGAGGAGAAGACCUCCGAGGAUCAGGCCGCGCUGUACCGUCUCAACGGUGACCGUAACCCUCUUCACAUUGAUCCCGACUUCAGCAAGGUGGGCGGCUUCAAGACUCCCAUCCUGCACGGACUCUGCUCUCUGGGCGUUUCUGGCAAGCACGUUUAUAACAAGUUCGGAGUCUUCAAGAACCUCAAGGUUCGCUUUGCGGGCGUUGUCCUGCCGGGCCAGACCCUGAAGACGGAGAUGUGGAAGGAAGGUAAUGUGGUUCUGUUCCAGACCACCGUGGUGGAAACGGGCAAGCCUGCCAUCACCGGAGCUGGCGCUGAGCUGCUGGAGGGCGCAAAGGCGAAGUUGUAA